AUGAUGAUGUCUCUCCCCAAAAUGAAAAUAUCUUCUCUGCAACCUCAUCUCCAUUUGAGCAGAUACAGAUUACUAGCAGCAGCUAAGGCGUUUCCGAGCUCAACCAUAAGCACCAGAAUAUCCUGCCGUGUUCAGUGCGGAGAAGCGAGAAGAAGAAUAACGUUAAAAAGUAGCAGAGUCAAACAUGAAAAGACACAGCCUUUGGGUCUGGAGAAGAAGCAACUGAGACAAGCUUUGGUGACCGGUGUCUCGGUAGGGUUAAUGAUGGCUUUGGUAUUGGGUUUGGAUGCAGAGAAGGCGAUGGCUUUGGGUCCAGAAGGCCCUUUGAUGGAAGAGUUCUGGGACAACGUGAGAAGGUACGGUCUUUACGCACUCACCGUCAGCACAGGAGCACUCUCUGCCGUGUUUGAGCCCAUCUUCGAACUACUCAAGAACCCAAUCUCCGCUAUUCUCAUUGUGAUCAUCUUAGGUGGAAGCUUCUAUAUCGUCUCACAAGUCGUCUCAGCCAUGGUUGGUGUCAACGAGUUCGCUUAUGAUUAUGGAUACUAG